AUGCUAUUGAGGAGUUCUUCAACACCAGUUCUUGGUUCAUUGCUGUCAUCUUUCUCUGAAACUCCCAACAACAGCAGAAGAUUCUCCAGUUCCGAAGUGCCAAACAUCACUACCCCUGAACAUGCUGCUUCGAAUUGCUGCAGUAAAAUCAGCUAUAACAAGCCCGUUGGACAUGGAUUUACUGCAUCUUUAUACAGUAAUUCCUCCCCAAUCUCUCCUUCAGUUUCUGAAGGGUUCUCCUCUGGAAACAGUCUUGUUUCAGGCGGAUUCCGAAGAGCUCAAUCGGAAGGGAAUCUGGAGGCACUAGCCGGAGCCGCCACCUCUAAUUACGUUGAUGAUUUCACUUUUUCAAUCCCCAACAAGAAGCUCUCUCGCAGACCACACCAUUGCUCCACUUUGGAAGUAAUCCCUUCUUUCUCAUACCAUAAUUCUUCCUUAAAUAGCAGUGAAUACGAUGAGGACAGCGAAGAUGAGGAGGAUGAAGAGUACCCAGAUGAAGAAAUGAAGGAGAAUCAUGAAACCGAUGCAUUUUGUGAUGCUUCUGCUGGUAUGGAGAGUUUUUGCUUUGAGGGAGACAACAGGACUAAUGAUUAUGCAGCAACUGGAUUUGGACCUAAUUUAGGAUUUGGAAGGGCAGGAACAGUGGAGAUGGAGAUGCAUCUUGCAAGAGGGCUUGGGAUUUCUGAGUUUAAUUUAGUUGACAUUGGAGGCCAUAUCAAUGGCGGUAACGGUGGUGGGGGGCAAGGUUAUACACCGGUAACCUUUGGCGGAGGAGAUGGAGCUGACGGCAAUAGCUUUAUGAUGGAAGAGCAUUACAAGAACAUGUUGAAUGAAGAUCCCAACAACUCUCUCUGCUUGAGGAAUUAUGCUCAAUUCUUGCAUCAGACAAAGAAGGAUCUUCCAAGUGCAGAGGAGUAUUAUGGCCGAGCAAUUUUGGCAGAUCCAACGGAUGGUGAAGUUCUGUGUCAGUAUGCCAAAUUGGUAUGGGAGCUCUAUCAUGAUAGCCAUAGAGCCAAAGACUACUUCGAACGAGCAGUUCAUGCUGCAGGGGAAGACAGCCACGUUCAAGCUGCCUAUGCUUGUUUUCUAUGGGAAACCGGCGACGAAGAUGAAGAUUACUCGCCAUCUGAAGGUCCUAUGGAGCGGCCCAUUGUGCCAUUUCUCCAAGAGGGUGUAGCUGCAUAG